AUGUCUCAGGUCACCACGGACGUAGCCGCGCGCGGCAUCGACAUCCCGCUACUGGACCACGUGUUGAACUUUGACUUUCCGCCCAGCUCCAAGCUUUUCGUGCACAGGUCGGGGCGCACGGCGCGCGCCGGCAAGGCUGGCCUGGCGGUGUCGCUGGUGACGAUCGACGACCUGCCGUACACCGUGGAGCUGAUGCUCUUCCUGGGGCAGAAGCUGGAGGCGACCGGGCCCGGCUCCGGGACGGGGGCGCCGGGCAAGCCGCUGAUCGGCGCGGUGCCCACGAUGGAGCACGAGGUGGAGAGCCUUAGCUCGAUCAUCCACGAGCCGGACUCGCAGGUCAACAGCCUCUACAAAUCCAUGAUGGCGUCCUAUCGGCUCUACAACAAGACGAGGCCUUCCGCGUCGAAGCAGAGCGUCCAGCGCGCGAAGCAGCUGCUGGACGCCUGCGGCGGGCCAGCGCAGCUGCAGCUCCUCAUCCACCCGGCCUUCCGCGGCAGCGAGACCGCGCUGCAGCGCACGGCGCACCACGACGCGCCGCCCGUGGCCGCGGCCCGGGACAGCGGCGAGUCGACCACGGCCGACCUCAUCAAGGAGCUCCGCAGCUUCCGGCCGCGAGAGGAGAAGGUUGGCAACGUGCUCUCCUCCAGCUCGAUGCGGGUCAUGGGGCAGGCCAAGCUGGACGCCAGCACGGCGUCGAAGGCACAGGAGCACCUGGCGGGCAUCGAAUGGGGCAAGGGAGCCGCCUCUGCACCCUCGCAGACGGGCCUCCGCGGUGGCCGAGGAUCCGGCCCCCCGCCUGGAGAGGGCCCGAAGCGGAAGGCCGAGGCGGCGCCGCGUGGCCCCCGCGUGUCGAAGAGGGCUCGCAGGAGA